AUGGGUGCAGCCGAGACAAAACGGGACCUACACACAUGGCUUGGGUGCCCGUCCCCAAACGAUCUAUACGAUGACUCUAUCCAGAAGCGACUGGGUGGGACGUGCGAAUGGAUCCUGGCGCGCAACGAUGUUCACAACUGGCUUUCGCCUGACGGCUCGGCCGCUGCUAACAGCGUGCUAUGGAUCAAUGGUCCGGCAGGAUUCGGCAAAACCAUUUUGUGCGCCAGGCUGGUUGAAGUCCUUUCUUCGACUCUCCAAACGCCUGUCGCACAUUUCUUCCUGUCGUCCAAGUUUGAAGGUCGUGAUGACCCCUUUAUGGCUCUACGGUCGUGGAUUGCAGAGAUGACAUUUGGCAGUCAAGCUGCUUUGGACGUCGUCUGUAAGAGACGAUUAGCCCAUCACGAACAAGUCGCGACGCGAGCAACAAUCGUCAGGCUCUUUCGUGAGGUUCUCCAAGCCGUGCCGUUUUGCACUUUCGUCUUGGACGGGCUGGACGAAUGUACUUGGUUAGGGGAGAACCGAAACGGCAGCCAUUCCGUUGCCCGGUUUCUACAUGAGCUCGAACAAGCAAUCGCUGGUACGACUGCCCGGAUUUUGAUAGUCAGCCGCAACGAGCCUGAAAUCCGGCAGGGACUGUCGCGUUUCCCCGGGUUCAGCGAGUAUGCGAUAUCCCCCGAAGACGUCCGUGCCGACAAUAUAGCCUUCUCAAAGAGCAUUGUCAACAACAAGCUGCCUAACAAAGACGAACUAACGAGACUGAGUAUCUCCGAGAGAAUGGCUGAGCGUUGCAACGGUCAGUUCCAGUGGCUGAAAAUGCAGGAGGAGAUUUUAAGAAAAGGCAGGAACAAAAAGCAGCUUGAGAAGGAUAUUGACGAGACUCCGGCGGGGCUUGAACAGCUCUAUGACCGCAACUGGGAGAGGAUUGAGAGAUUGCGAUAUGCCGAGAAAACGAGAGCAUACUCCUUGCUGCGAUGGGCCGCAUUUGCUUUACGGCCCCUGACUGUCUGCGAGAUCACUGAAGCCGUGCUCAUUAACGACGACUGUGAGGAUCUGCCGCUCGACGAAAUGCCGGACUCUAUUGAUGACGACUAUAUCGAAAGUGAGAUCAUGGGUCUUUGUGGAUCUUUGAUUGAGUCUACCGGAAUCUCCCGCUGGAUCGAGGAAGAUACACCUAGCCCAUUUCUCGGUCAAGCAGUACCUUCUUUGCAGGAUUCCUUUACAGGGGGCGGUUCUGUUCGCCAAUGA